UCUCAUUCUACAUUAUUGGGUAUUUAUCUGAUAUUUAUCAGGUGUGUUCAGGUACGGAUUACUCCGUACAUCAAUCCAUCUAUAUCUCCCGGCUAGAUCUCCAUCUCCAUCCUCGGUAACUAGUUGCUGAUUGUUGUUGUCCAGCCACUUGAUUCAUAUAAACAAACCCUCCCAGCCCCCAUCUUUCUCUCUCUCUCUCUCUCUUCCCCUCUUCUUCCUUUCGACUUUCUUCCUGUUCUGACCGCCACAUCCCGUUCAGAUCCAUUGAUUGUUUUAUCUUGGAUUGAUCAUACUUCUCUCCAUCCAUCCAUCCAUCUCAUUCUUCCCCCGUGAUUUGUCCUUAUCGUUCCCCACGACACGAUCCUCUCUGUCACAUACACGUCUCCACCUCCCCCACCAUGUCCGUCAAGUUCCAAGACAAGGCCCAGGAUGAGGCGGCAAAGUCCAUCCGCAAAGAGACCAAGGAAUUGGCCCAUCAUGUCGGCGAGCGAUUGACCGGCGGCAACCCCCAGACGGGCUACCUCGCUCUCUAUCUCAAACAUCUGCAAUCCAACCCCUUGCGCACCAAGAUGUUGACCUCCGGUGUCCUCUCCGGUCUCCAGGAGUUCCUCGCCUCCUGGAUCGCCCACGAUGUCAGCAAACACGGCCACUACUUCAGCGCGCGCGUCCCCAAGAUGCUCCUCUACGGCAUGUUCGUCAGCGCCCCGCUGGGCCAUCUCCUCGUCGGCAUCCUGCAGAAGAUCUUCGCCGGCCGCACCAGCCUCAAGGCCAAGGUCCUGCAGAUCCUCGUCAGCAACCUGCUCGUUUCUCCCAUCCAGAACGGCGUCUACCUCGCCUCCAUGGCCGUCAUCGCCGGCGCGCGCACCGUCCACCAGGUCCGCGCCACCGUCAAGGCCGGUUUCAUGCCCGUCAUGAAGGUCAGCUGGGUCACCUCCCCGCUGGCGCUGGCGUUUGCCCAGAAGUUCCUGCCCGAGCACACCUGGGUUCCGUUCUUCAACAUUAUCGGUUUCUUUAUUGGGACUUAUGUCAACACCCAUACUAAGAAGAAGCGUCUGGAAGCGCUGCGGAAGCGCUACGACCAGCGCCGCAGUGGCCCCGGCAGCGAAUACGACAAGGAAUACCGGUAGAUCAUCUUGUCCGCGAGCCUUUGAUACCCUACUCUACUCUUGACUCUCAACCAAAGCAACUAAAGAAGCCAUCACUAUGAACGACGGUGAUUCUUAUUUAUCCCCCUGUACGUGCUCCGAAUAAUGCUGUAUCUUCUAUGUUCUAUGUUUCGAUCUAUCCUGUUUUGGCGUGGAUAGAGAUGCUGUAAUGAUUUAUUCUUUUAUUCUCUUGUUUGUCGAUAUAUGCAAUACACUACUAUCUAUACUAUGUUAUGCGAGAUAAAUCUUGUUUGUUUUACCUAUCUUUAGUGUUGCUAGGUAGAUGGGGAAGUAGGUGGAGUAGUAUAAGACG